AUGCAUCUCACUUCCAUACUUGCAGCAUCUUCUCUGGCCGUCGGGGCUCUUGCAUGGCCGAGGAAUGCUGUAGAGAACGACGAGCUGACUGUACAAACAUCUUCCGGCCUGGUCUAUGGAAACAAAGACUCGAGAUAUCCUAAUGUUCGUCAGUUCUUGGGCAUACCAUUUGCACAACCUCCCACAGGAGCACUUCGCUUCGAACCUCCCCAACCUCUUCCGGCUUCUGCUUCGAAGAAAGUCGUCAACAACACUCAACUACCUCCUAGUUGCAUGCAAUACCUCAAUACUGUUAGCCCUGGAGUAUACGUCGAUCAGAUCCUAGAGUUUGGUCUUCAAGGCAGAAAUGGUACAGGGGCCAUCAGUGAGGAUUGCCUGACUCUGAGCGUCUGGGGUCCAACAAGUAACGGCAGUCAGUCGUGUCAGAGCAAUGAACUGCUUCCGGUCAUCAUCUGGGUCUACGGAGGUGGGUUCGUCACUGGAGGACAAGAUGUUCCUUACCAGAUCCCGAGCCAGUGGAUUGAGCGAACACAAGACCACAUCGUAGUCUCCAUCAACUACCGUCUCAACAUCUUUGGCUUCCCUAAUGCUGCAGGAUUGAGUGACCAGAACGUUGGCCUGCUUGAUCAGAGGGCAGCGGUUGAAUGGGUGCGUGACAACAUUGUCAGAUUUGGAGGCGAUCCUUCGCGUAUGCUUCUGUGGGGUCAGUCAGCUGGCAGUGCCAGCGUAGAUUACUAUAACUUCGCUUACCCUAAGGAUCCCAUCGUGUCCGGCUUCAGCAUGGACUCUGGCACAGCAUUCAUUGGCAUCACAUCCGAUGACCCUCAACACACAAACUUCACCUUCGUCGCCUCGCAACUCGGCUGCGCCAACUCGUCUUCUCCUGCAGAUGAGCUGACAUGCGUACGCAAACUCUCUGCCUCAGCUAUCGAAGACUUUGUCAAAAACUACCAGGAAAAUGGCACUGCGCCUUCCAUCAGUUUCCUUCCUACUCCCGAUGAAAAGGUGGUGUUCAGCAACUACACCGCCCGCGCACUAGCAGGCAACCAAGCAAACCUUCCAGCCAUCAUUGGCACAAACGCUCAAGAUGGUGCACCGUUUGCUCCCUACAACCCUUCUGGCCCUAACGCUACACUUGAGCAACUAGCGCUUUUGCAAACUUUCUUCUGCCCUGCCACCGGGUCUAUCCGCUUGCGUCAACAGACCAACCGGCCUACCUACCGUUACGUCUACAGCGGUAACUUCUCGAACAUCGCGCCUGCGGGCUGGUUGGGUGCUUACCAUUCCUCUGAGCUACCCAUGCUGUUUGGCACUUUUGAUAACUUCAGAGGUCAGGGGCCUGCAUUGGAGAACCAGACUAGUGUCGCUAUGCAAGAUGCUUGGGUAGCAUUCACCGCAGGUGGUAUGACCGGCAUUGAGCAGACUGGAUGGCAGGAAUAUGAGGUGCUUGGAGAGAGCACGGUAAGGGACUUUGGUGAUGGAGUGGCUGUCAAGGACGUUGACUUGAAGUAUCUGGAGAACCUUUGUGAUGGAUCUGUACCCAACUACACCGCUUGA